GCUGUCGGCUUCCUCCCCGUGACCUCUGACCCGUCGCCCGCCCUUCAGCGGGGCCCACGGGGCUGAGAAGCCGGAGCCCGCGCACCCCGAGGCCGAGAGGCCGUCAUGGCCAAGUACCUGGCCCAGAUCAUUGUAAUGGGUGCACAGGUGGUGGGCAGAGCCUUCGCUCGGGCCCUGCGACAAGAAUUUGCAGCCAGCCGGGCAGCAGCUGACGCCCGGGGACGUGCUGGGCACCAAUCCGCAGCUGCAUCCAACCUCUCUGGCCUCAGCCUCCAGGAGGCUCAGCAGAUUCUCAACAUCUCCAAGCUGAAUCCCGAGGAGGUCCAGAAGAACUAUGAACACCUAUUUAAAGUGAACGAUAAAUCUGUGGGUGGCUCCUUCUACCUGCAGUCAAAGGUUGUCCGGGCCAAGGAGCGUCUGGACGAGGAGCUCAGAAUCCAGGCCCAAGAAGACAGAGAGAAAGGGACGACACCCAAAACGUGACUGCUCAGCCCCUCCCACCCCAGCCCACUCCUCAUAAUUUAUAGCUUGGUAAUAAAUGUCUUUUCCGCAUU